AUGGUUGGCAAGGUACCAGGACAACGGGCAAAAAACGGCCCUCGGAUGAAUCCUUCCUCGAAUAAACGGCAAUCCGAAGAGCCUACCAGCAGGCGUACCCGAGAGAUGACCACUCCACCCACAGAAGUAGAUGUUGACUGGGGUCAAUCCAUGGUCAAUUUUGACCAAAGCGUUGAAUCAAAUUUGCAUUUUAAUCAAGGAUGCAACCCAAUCUUUGACAGCAUGGAAAUUUCUACCGACCUACCGUCCCUCGAAUCCUCAAUUGACCCGUCUCCGGAUGUCGGUCAGUGGAUGGGAGAGAGAGAUAGCUCUUUACCGAUUACAAACGACGUUUCCCCAAACAACUUCGACAUACUACUCAAUACAAAUGAAAAAAGACUAUCUCUGCUCCUGGAGCAGGUACCAUUCAGCCAAUCAAUGGGGCUACAUUUUCGUCCAGACAGCUGUACAGCCGGCAGAAAUAAGUGCAUCCAGAGCUGUAGUGACAUUAUCCAAUAUCUGGAGCGAAAGAUGAUAGUUAAACUGUGUGCGCUCGACGAUGUCAUUCGUAUCUGCCAAACAUCCAUAUCGCGGCUCUCCUCAAUCAUGGACACGGAUGAGUAUACCCAGAGCGCCAGCUGUGUUCCACUCAGCUGCAUUGCCGUUAGUCAUGUAAUAAGCCUGCUGGAAACGUGCGUGAUCCCAGAGGAGGCGUCUCAACCCGACAGGCUCCCGUCCCCCAGAAACAUCCAAUUGAAUUGCACCCUGCCACGCAUCACCUUCGGCUCCCUCCAGGUCCACCAGGACGAUCAACUCAAAUUCGGCUGCCAAGUACUUCAGAGAGAGGUCAAGAAGUGCGGGCAGCUGCUGACGAAACUACAGGCUCAACAGGAGAAGCCUAUGACUCAGGGUAGUAAAUGUCUGCUCCAGAUGCAGGAGCAGUUCUGUUCGGAUUUUGAGCGGCGACUUGAAGAACUAGAGAAAAUUUUACAACAAUCGUAG